GUAGCAGUGCUUGGUGCGUGCGUGCGCGUACACGAGUGUCGACGUGCGUGCACGCAGUAGAAAUCAAAUGUUUGAUCUUUUCUUUAAAACUUAAGUCAACGAGCCUCCAACAGUCCGCUGGAGCGCAUAAAAAGCAACAUUUAUUCCUCAUUUAUUGCAAACACAUUUGGCUUUUUCAUUCUUGUUUGGACUUCAUCGAACGUGUUGCCAGGCAACGUGAAGACAACAAAGUCCACCGGAUAAGUUUUUUUCCGCGAACAAAAUGAACUCCAAAAACACCAAAGAUCCCAAGACUAACGGCCUUCCAAUCACCAAGUCCGCUGCAAAGAAGGCACAUCAAGGAGUCAUAGGUCAGAUCUCCCAAAUUCCAGGACUUUCUCCCAUCGUCAGCACAGGUGAAGACAAGAAGAACAUCGGCAAGAGAGUUGGAGUUCUUGACAGCGACUCAGAAUACAUCAAACUGGCAAAACAAGGAGGUCACAAAGGACUUCUGUACUUCGAUGAGACCAACAAGUCAUGCUCCACGGACCUGCUGCUGGACGCUCCAGUAGAAGCUCUUGGAAAUCUCAGUGUGGUCUGCAACAAGGAGAAGAAAGGUCAGGAAGGUUCCUCACAAAGAUCCCUGCCUCCUUUCUGGACUGACAACAUGUCUACCUGGGAACGAGACGACGGCAGCACAGACAAGAAAAAGAAGGUUCCUGACAAACAGUUGGUCCAAAAACAGAUGCCCGUCUUUAUGAAGGACAACAUUAAAUUCAGGAGAACUCCUGUCUGCUGUUCAAAUGGACUCCCAGGUACUUGUACUGCCCCACUACUGCCACCUCCCGGUUCCACAGGGGUCAUUCUCUUCUUGAAGUCCAUGACCAGCUCCACGUUAAGGAGCAGAUGGUUCGCCUGAGACCACUCCACAAAGUCAGCGAUCAGUGUCCUGUACUCCAAUUCCUGUCCCUCUCUGAUACACCUGACCACAGCAGAGUCAUCAGAGUAUUCUGCAGGUGGCAGGACCUGGAACUAUACUGGAAAUCUGAGGUGUACAGGGUGAACAGGAAAGGAGACAGGACUGGGGAGCAUCUACACCACUGACCACAGUAUCCAACAGGGAGCUCCCCAGUCGCACAAACUGGGGCCUGUCAAACAAGUAAUCAGUGAUCCAGGUGACAGUGGAUGAACUGACACCCAUCCUGAGCAACUUAACUUGUCAGUCAUCAGAAUUGGCUGAAUGAUGUUAAAGGCACUGGAGAAUUCAAAGAACAUGAUCCUCACAGAGCCCCUUCCCCCGUCCAGGUGAGAGUGAGCACAAUGCAGAGGGUAGAUAACAGCAACAUCCCCUCCUACAUGGGGCUGAUAUGCUAACUGCAGAGGGCCUAGGGAAGGAGCCACCAGGGGUCUCUGCUGAUCCAACACAAGUAUCUCGAGGACCUUCAUGACAUAAGACGUCAGGGCAACAGGUCUGAAGUCAUUCAAGCCCGAUGGGAUGGGCUUCCUGGGCACUGGCACUUUGCAGGAUGGUUUCUAUAGCGCUGGUAUCCUUUCUGACUUCAGACUCAGGUUGAAGAUAAAGUACAGGAUCUCAACCAGCUGAGCAGCACAAGUCUUCAGGACCCAGGGGUUGACUCAGUCAGGGCUUGCUGACUCGGCUGGGUUGACUCUCCAGCUGACGUCUCACAUGUCGAGGUGUCAGACACACCAGGCUGGCUUUCUCAGUGGGGGUUGAAAUGGGGAGAUAAGAAACAGCAGUGGCAGGCAACAGUGAAAGAGUUUGUGGAUUGAUGGUCAGGGGAGGUGAGGACAGGAGUAGUGGGGGAGGGCCAGUAAGCAUGCAUCGCUAAAUCUAUUAAAAAAGAAAUUCAGCUGGUUGGCACGAUCUCCACCCCCAUCCAGCAGUUUGGUUUUAUUGUUGAAGCCUGUGAUAGUGUCAAUGCUCUUCCACACAUCACAAGUGUUAUUCUGUUGGAGUUUGACCUCUAGCUUCCUUCUGUAGGAAUCUUUUCCUUCUUGCAGAUGAACAUUAAGCUGCCACUGUAUCCUCCUCAACUCAUCCCGAUCACCAGAUCUGAAG